GAGGAGGAAACAGGCGGACCCAGGAUCCCAGAAACGUUUGGUUGGUUCUGCAUCGUUUAUCCGUGUUAUCCACAUUGACCGAGAGAGAGAGAGAGCGAGAGAGAGAGAGAGAGAGAGAGAGAGAGACUCUUUUAUAAUGGGAUACGCAUAAACGUGAUGGAAAAGUUUUCAGACUGAGAAGUUGGAAAAGGUGAGCAGAGCAUCGAUUCUAGAAGGAAACUUUCCACGAGAACAUUGCAGAAGAUCCGAGAGGAGCUUUCAUGCGGCACACUGGGGAAAAUGUAUAUACCUAAAUAAAAAAAGAAAAAAAAAAAGAAAAAGUGGCCUAUGGUGGAAUUUGGCAUUUCAAGAAGGAAAUUCGCCUUUUCGAGAAAGUGAUACUGGAUGUUGUCGGAGGUCACGCGGAUUUACAUUUUCACUCAAAGCAUUCAAGAGUGUGUAUCAGUUGGCCAAUCGAAGCAAAACAAAAUUGGAUAUAUGUGUAAAUAUUAUUAGGUGGGGACAAAAAAUACAUGUGAAGCAUUGACAUGAGGUUUUGAAAACAGGAUUUGAGACAUGCUGGACUUUUUCCCGAGGUGAUCAGCGUCGAAAAGCCGGCCGAAAAGAGUGCAAAUGUCCUCGUGCGGCAGCUCCUCCCCUCCGUCCUUCCCGAGACCGUGUCCCGUCCCCGCGCACCCCGCGCCCACGCCCUCGCCCUCCGCGAGCCCCCCGGCCACGCUCUGCGGCCGCCUGUCCAACGGCAGCGCGAGCGCCCCGAGCCCGACCCUCUCCCGCGAGUCCUUCCAUGGCGUGUCCUUCCUACUGCAGAUCGGCCUCACCAGGGAAACAGUGAAUCUGGACCCCUCUGAUGUCUCCCUGUCGGCGGUCAAAGAGCUCGUGUGCUCCAUUGUGGACCAGAAGUUUCCAGAAUGUGGAUUUUUUGGCAUGUACGACAAGAUCAUGCUUUUCCGCCAUGACCUGAACUCGGACAACAUCCUGCAGCGGCUCACCUCUUCCGACGAUAUCCACGAGGGAGAUCUGAUCGAGGUGGUGCUCUCGGCUCUUGCCACCGUUGAGGACUUCCAGAUCCGUCCUCAUGCUCUGUACGUGCACUCCUACAAAGCCCCAGCGUUCUGCGACGACUGCGGCGAGAUGCUCUGGGGUCUUGUGCGUCAGGGUCUGAAGUGUGAAGGAUGUGGGCUUAAUUACCACAAGCGCUGUGCCUUUAAGAUCCCCAACAAUUGCAGUGGAGUGCGAAAGAGACGCCUGUCCAACGUGUCCCUGCCUGGACCUUCUCUGUCUGUCCCACGUCCUGCGGUCAUUGAGAACGUGGUCAUGCCACCUGAGGAGAGGCCACUGCUGGAGGCGGGGAAACGAAUCCCGUCAUGGAGCGGGCGGCCUAUCUGGAUGGAGAAGAUGGUGUUGGGUCGAGUCAAAGUACCGCACACUUUCAACGUGCACACGUACACACGACCCACCAUCUGCCAAUACUGCAAACGGCUGCUCAAGGGCUUGUUCCGCCAGGGCAUGCAGUGCAAGGAUUGCAAAUUCAACUGUCAUAAAAGAUGUGCAUCGAAAGUGCCAAGAGAUUGCCUGGGUGAGGUCGUGUUUAACGGAGAGCCAGCCAGCCCAGGGAACGACUCGGAGGUCACAAUGGAGGUGGACAGCAGUGAUGUGAACAGCGAGAGCAGUCGAGGUAUGGAUGACCCCGAGGAGGGGUCGACUCCAGAGGACAUGGACGCUCCCUUCAUGGACGGAGAAAAGGAUGAAGAGACAGUAAAAGCUAUCAGUCCGUCCACCAGCAGUAACAUCCCUCUGAUGCGUGUGGUUCAGUCCAUCAAACACACCAAGAGACGCAGCUCCACCUUAGUGAAGGAGGGCUGGAUGGUGCACUACACCAGUCGAGACAACCUGAGAAAGAGACAUUAUUGGAGGCUGGACAGCAAAAGUCUGACCCUUUUCCAGAAUGACUCUGGAGCCAAAUACUACAAGGAGAUCCCAUUGUCAGAGAUCCUCCAGGUGGAGUUGGCGCAAGACUUUAGUAGCCUGGCGCAGGGAAGUAAUCCGCACUGCUUCGAGAUCAUCACAGACAACAUGGUAUAUUACGUAGGGGAAAACACAGGCAUGCAGCACACCAGCGCCACGCUUGCAGCAUCUGGAGUCGGUCUGGAGGUGGCACACGUCUGGGAGAAGGCCAUACGCCAGGCCCUGAUGCCCGUCACCCCUCAACCCAGCGUGUGUAGCAGCCACGGUCAGGGCAAAGACCACAAAGAGCUGUCUAUCAGCAUCUCAGUAUCCAACUCACAGAUUACAGAAAAUGUGGAUAUCAGCUCUGUCUACCAGAUCUUUGCAGACGAGGUCCUGGGAUCGGGACAGUUCGGGAUUGUGUAUGGAGGCAAGCACAGGAAAACAAAGAGAGAUGUUGCCAUUAAGGUCAUAGAUAAGAUGCGUUUCCCCACCAAGCAGGAGAGCCAGCUGAGGAACGAAGUAGCCAUUUUACAGAAUCUGCACCACCCGGGCAUCGUAAACCUUGAAUGCAUGUUUGAGACACCUGAGCGGGUGUUUGUUGUCAUGGAAAAGCUCCAUGGAGAUAUGCUGGAGAUGAUCUUGUCUAGCGAAAAGAGUCGACUUCCAGAGCGGCUCACAAAAUUCCUAGUGACUCAGAUAUUGGUGGCUCUGAGACACCUCCACUUCAAGAACAUUGUGCAUUGCGAUUUGAAACCUGAGAAUGUGCUCCUAGCAUCAGCAGAGCCUUUUCCACAGGUGAAGCUUUGCGACUUCGGCUUCGCCCGCAUCAUCGGAGAGAAGUCAUUCAGGCGCUCAGUAGUGGGCACACCAGCCUACCUGGCUCCCGAGGUGCUGCGGAGUAAAGGCUACAACCGCUCCCUGGACAUGUGGUCAGUAGGAGUCAUUGUCUACGUGAGUCUGAGUGGCACCUUCCCCUUUAAUGAGGAUGAAGACAUCAAUGACCAGAUCCAGAACGCUGCCUUCAUGUAUCCACCCAACCCCUGGAGGGAAAUCUCUGGAGAAGCAAUUGACUUAAUUAACAACCUGCUUCAAGUGAAGAUGAGGAAACGCUUCAGUGUAGACAAGUCUCUCAGCCAUCCCUGGCUUCAGGACUACCAAACAUGGUUGGACCUGCGGGAGUUUGAGACGCGGCGAGGUGAGCGCUACAUCACCCACGAGAGCGACGAUGCGCGCUGGGAGGAAUACGCCGACGAAAGAAGCCUUCCAUAUCCCAAACACUUCAUCAUGGCUCCCAACUUAGAGGACAUGGAAGAAGACCCCUAGAAGUCUGGAUGACUUAGUACACUUGCUUCUAAACGUCAGAGUCGCUCUUUAAGAAUUUUUGUAUCGGUGAUCUGCUCACUCAGCCAAACGAAGUGUCGAGACUGGCAUUAAAAAGACGGCAUGGUGUCAACGGUCUGCCUGAUGAAGCACACUUAAGAGUGGACAGGCGGCGAUUAGGAACGUAGCAUCUGCGAAGAGUAACUCCGGAUCUGCGCACAAGGGCACGGCGCACGCUUUCAGGUUGUUCUCUUUUCAUAACAUUCCAGAGACCUGGUCUUUUUGACAUUCGCAUCCUAUUCAGUCUUUUCACUCACUGCCUUUUCAGCAAUCCAGCAUUUUGGAAUGAAUUGUUAACAACCAAUUGCACUGCCAUUCCUCUCACCUCAGGCAAUUUGAAGAUGUGGUGGGAACAAAACAAAAAAAAAAGAAAACGGUGGACGGUGGGAACGCCUUAGCCUCAAUAAUAUUUUAAUAAGUUUUUGUUUUGUUUUUUGCAGAAAAAGUGAUUCUAAACUUGAACACGAAGCCUGUUUAUGAAUUUGGACUCUGGUGGAAUGAAUAGAAUGUGAAUAAUGAAGGCAUUGCAAAUAUUGAACCUCUUUUGUGAAAACUAUGAGACCACAGAAAUCUAUCAACUUUUUGAGAUCGAGUUAAAGAUAUGACUUCAUGGAUAUCAAAUUCCAUCCCAAGUCUUUAAACUGAAAUCAGUGUUUCUUAUUGAUACAAAUGUGAACGUUUUUUUUGUGGAUUAAGUUAGCUGAUGUUUCCUGGGAUACACUGUGUGACAAACGCAAGCUGGCAUUUCAGAAAGAAAAGCUAACGUGAUGCCAGAUGAUGAACCUGAGAAUCAGCCGCUUUAAACACUAUCGGUCUAAAAUGGUAUCAGAUGGUGUGUGGACUAAAAUGUCGUGAAUACUGAGAACUUUUGGGACUUUUUAAAUUCCUGUUUUUAAGUUUCAUCUGUUUUUUUUUAUGUUAUUUCUAAAAUGUUGCUAACGCUCACAGACUGAACUUUUUGCGCCUAACACUGUUCCUCACAUCGGCCUCACUAUGAAGUAAGUUGCUCAGAGAUGCUCUGAAAUGCUUGUAAUUUUUUUUCUUUUCUUUUCUUUCAUUUAUUUAACUGAAUAACUAUUUGAAAAUAGUUUUUUCAUUUGAAGUUUAAAAUAGUUAGCUAUGACAGAAAGACACACCAGCUAUCCUGGUAAGCUGUGUUUGGGCAAUUUUAGUUUUUUUUUCCUAAUUUCUAACUCAAGCAUCUGAACAGAGGUUAAGCAGGACUUUCCCCCAGAUUCUGCGUUACAUUUUCUCAGUUUUUGAAAUCAUAAUGAUAAGUGGUAAUUUAAACUGACCCUAAACAUAUUAAAAUUUAAAAUUUUUCUGUCAGAAAAAUUAAUUUGAGCCUGCAGGAUGAAUAAAAAACCUAAACUUCACAAGUACUGAAGCCAUCAAAGGAGUGUUCUUGCAUCAUAAAAAGUAAGAGCCAAUCAGGUUCCAGUAUGCAAAUACAGGUAAAGUAACACUGGUACAUGAUUUAUGUCUGUGAAUGUGGAAUUUUAUGACUGAAAAAUGGCUGCUUCUGUACCUCUUUCUGGAUUUUAUUUUAUUUUAUUAUUUUUUUUUUUUGUAAAAGACCAAAAUUUAUUAUUUAAUAUUUUAUAAAAUUUUUGCCAUCUCUGAUGUUUGGAGUUUUGCCACACAAGCAAAUGUCGAUCACAAGAAAGAAACUGAUGUGUUAUAGCUUUUAAAUAAUUUAAGAGUGCUUAAAAUAGAUUGGCCAUAAGUUGAAAAUGUAAGUAGUUUGAAGGAAUUGUGAACUGCCCCAAAUGUAGUCAAUCAGUUUGCUUUAAAACUUACUGGCUCAGUAAUGGAAAUUUACUUAAAAUAAAUGACAAACUAUUAGACGAAAAAAUCCCCAAAAUAAAUUAGAAAUUCAAUUCUACCUUCAAACUGAGCCAAACCUACUAUAAUCAUUUAUUUGUGAAGACACCAUGUACUUUAAAUUUAGAAAGAAAUCUGGAAGGUGCUAAAAUCUGUAGCAAAUCUGUCACAGAGAGUAACAAUGCAGCAUAGUUGAUGGUUACUUGAGGAUGUCGACAGAGAGUUUGUACAGUCCAGAGUUUAUAUAAUUUAUCGUAAUUUUUAAAAAAUCAUGUUAGCAAAAUGAGCAUAGCCCUAAUAAAGCAAAACAUCAAAUCCAAACCAUGCAACUUAUAAUUUCAGCCUUUUUCUUAAACCAUUUGUUUGUUUGUUUGUUUUUUUACUCAAAAUGAGUGCUUUAAGUUUCAUGGGAGUUUCAUACACAAAAUCAACACUGUUGUGGUUGUCUUUCUGUAUUGAUAACCGUUUAAUUCAGUGUGUCCAGUGUGUAGUAAAUUUGCUCUUUUUUACUGUUGUCACAUAUUUCUAAACUGGGAGCCAUUGCAGAUUGUAUCACAGAUAAGUAUGCCUUUGAUAAUUCAUUAGGGGAAAAAAAAAAAAAGGUUUGGGAGAAUCCUAUAUUUUCGUAUGUUAAGCCUAUGUGAUUAUGCUGGAGAGAGAUAAAGUAUGGAUUGAAUGAAGGCCGCCAAAUUUCUACUGCAUGUAACAGUAAUGACGUGAUCCUGAGAAUCUUUUGUUGGUCCAUGUUGCCACUGGACUGGCAGCAGUCAUUGUUUUGUAAUAUUUUUUAAUAUUCACAUAUCUAAUAAAAUCUUUCUUCUGUACAA